GGCUCCGGGCUCCGCUCCCCGCGCAGGCGCAGUUCCGCUUUCCUUCGGCGGCUCUCAGCGCAGUGCGCCCACCUCGGCUGGGCUGAGUGUAGCGGCGUCGACCGGCCGGCAGUGCUCUUCCUCCUCUCGCUGCCUCAGGGCCGGCUCUGUACAGCGCUGCGAGCGCCCCUGAGCGCAGGCAGCGACCGCGGUGGUUUCGUCAGCGUUGACAACUCUGACCGCCCUGGGACCGGCCGGCUCUAAUGGACUGUAGAAGUGAUGAUGUUAGGUGCCAUCUGCCGCACGUGAAGAGUUGCCAGUUGUUAUGGAAUUAAGAAAACACAUCUGUAAUGGCUAAAGGGUUAUCUUAUGAUGAGGCUUUUGCUAUGGCUAAUGACCCCUUGGAAGGCUUCCAUGAAGUAAACCUUGCUUCACCUACUUCUCCAGACCUCCUUGGUGUGUGUGAAUCAGGGACUCAAGAGCAGACUACCUCACCAAGUGUCAUCUACCGGCCACAUCCUUCAGCUCUGUGCUCUGCCCCUAUUCAGGCUAAUGCCUUAGAUGUUUCCGAUCUUCCUACACAACCUGUGUAUUCAUCCCCCAGACAUUUAAAUUGUGCAGAAAUAUCUAGUAUCAGCAUCCAUGUUACAGAUCCAGCCGCCUGUUCUACCUCUGGAGUCACAGCUGGGUUAACUAAAUCAACUACGAGAAAGGACAAAUGUAAUGCAGAGAGGGAGUUUUUACAGGGUGCUACUCUACCAGAGGCUUGUGAUGGCGGUGAUGAUAUAUUUGGGUUGAGUACUGAUAGUCUGUCCCGUUUACGAAGCCCGUCUGUUUUGGAAGUCAGAGAAAAGGGCUAUGAGAGAUUAAAAGAAGAACUUGCAAAAGCUCAGAGGGAACUGAAGUUAAAAGAUGAAGAGUGUGAGAGGCUUUCUAAAGUACGAGAUCAACUCGGACAGGAACUGGAGGAGCUCACAGCCAGUCUGUUUGAGGAAGCUCAUAAGAUGGUGAGAGAAGCAAAUGUUAAGCAGGCGACAGCAGAAAAGCAGCUAAAGGAAGCGCAAGGAAAAAUUGAUGUACUUCAAGCUGAAGUGGCCGCAUUGAAGACACUCGUGUUAUCCAGUUCUCCAACGUCACCCACACAAGAGCCUCUGCCGGCCGGAAAGACACCUUUUAAAAGGGGGCAUACAAGAAAUAAAAGUACAAGCAGCGCUAUGAGCGGCAGUCAUCAGGACCUCAGUGUGAUACAGCCAAUUGUAAAAGACUGCAAAGAGGCUGACUUAUCUCUGUAUAAUGAAUUCAGAUCUUGGAAGGAUGAUCCCACAAUGGACAGAUCGUGUCCUUUCUUAGACAAAAUUUAUCGGGAAGAUAUCUUUCCAUGUUUAACAUUCUCAAAAAGUGAGUUGGCUUCGGCUGUUCUGGAGGCUGUGGAAAACAAUACUCUAAGCAUUGAACCAGUGGGAUUACAACCUAUUCGAUUUGUGAAAGCUUCUGCAGUCGAAUGUGGAGCACCAAAAAAAUGUGCUCUGACUGGCCAGAGUAAGUCCUGUAAACAUAGAAUUAAAUUGGGGGACUCAAGCAACUAUUAUUAUAUUUCUCCUUUUUGCAGAUACAGGAUCACCUCUGUAUGUAACUUUUUUACAUACAUUCGAUAUAUUCAGCAGGGGCUUGUGAAACAGCAGGACGUUGAUCAGAUGUUUUGGGAAGUUAUGCAGUUGAGAAAAGAGAUGUCAUUGGCAAAGCUGGGAUAUUUCAAAGAGGAACUCUGAUGCUCUCUGCCUGGGACCAUGCAUGAACCUCCCUGAAUAUCUGGAAAAUGGCUGCAUAUUUUUAUGGUUACUUGAUAUUUAUUACCAAGGAGUGGGCCCAAGACUUUUUCCCUCUUUUGCAGAUUACACUAAGAAGUACUGUGAUUUCUUUUAAAUUGACCUAUGCUGUGUUGCUUACUUUUUAGUUGAACACGCUAUAAAGAAUUACAGGUGGACUAGUGAUUGUAAUUUAUAGUUGCCAAAAAAAAAGCUAAAUAAAGAAAUACACAAAUGUUAGAUUGAA